AUGAAGAUGUAUUCCACGUCAGAACAGUAUUUCAAAGAGACCUACAGUUUAUACAGUCCAGACGAUUCUGAAGACAUGACAAAUCUCCAGUGUGGCCAGCACAAGUUUGACUUUGAGUACAGACUGCUGCCGGACUUACCCUCGUCCUUUGAAGGGGAAUACGGCUAUGUUAGGUUCUCUAUCAAAUGUGUGAUAAGUAAGCCGUGGAAAUACGACCACAGCACUAAAGCGGCUUUCACGGUGCUCAGCAAACUCAAUCUGAACACGACCCUCGGAGCUCAGGAACCAAUCUACGGCACGGACAUCGCCACAGACGCCUUCUGCUGCUAUUGCGACCAGGGCGCCAUCUUUGCUGACCUCAGCCUGGAGCGCCGCGGAUAUGUGCCAGGGGAGGCAAUCCGGGUACAUGCCCGUAUUAGGAAUAGUACACAAUACCUUGUCAACAGCCAGGUGCAACUCUGCCAGAUAAUAUCAUUUCACGCCGCUGGCAAGGCGAAGGAGUGCAAAAAAAUUGUGAAUUCAAUAAAACAUGAGUUGACAGACAUUGAUGAGACCGACACGUGGGGUGGGGACAAGUUGUUAAUACCGCCUGUACCUCCAUCCGAACUGCUCGGCUGUAAUAUUAUAGACAUCAAAUACUACGUACUGCUAAAAUCAUCGGCAGACGAUUCCUCAACUAUUGAAGCCACGAUUCCUUUAGACAUUCUGAUAGGCACGGUCCCCUUACGAUCAGCUGUGCAGGCUUACAGGCAACAGAGACUCAAUUUAUCAGAAGUCGCUAACGGAGUGCCCUCAAGUAUAUCCGGUGGAAUUCCUGUCAGUGUUUCCGGUCUAGACAGAAAAGAUGGACCAAUAGUUACCCCACCAAAAUCCAUAUCAACGUCGUCUUUUUCGGAUGAACAACUGCUGUCACCGCCAUCGUAUGAGACUUGCCUGUUCGGGCGCGUUAACAUCCGCGAAGAAGACGACACGGACUUUACCAGGGGCGCCAUGGAAUUCGCUCCUAUGUAUGCUUUUUAUGAUUGGGAGAGAAAUAAGGUACAAAACUCUUGCCAGAAACAAGACAAGGAUGACACCAAUUUUGUCUGAUAUUUCUCAUUCCUUUAUCCCAUGAAUCGAGGCAAAUUGCUUUCCGCUGUGGUGACUGAUAGAAUGCAAUAUUCAGACAGCGUGUUAUUGUUCAUAGGCUUCAGCACAGCUGAAAGAGGUGGGAAUAUAAACAGUCUGCGGGCCGUGGACCCUAUACGCUAACUGAGGAACGGCAGUCUUUCCAAAGGCUGUUCUCUAAGAGCACCAUCACCCAUGUGGGUGUCAGGAAAAACACUGUUGAUAUAGGAGACGGAUGGAAGUGGAAAACGUGAUAUGUUCGUAGU